CCGGUUUGGAAAACAACAACGAAGCACGACGUAAACAAACCGGGACGGUCGCGUUGUGGCGGCGGGUGUUGUUAUCGGUUAUACACACGGGGGGAGCGCGGAUGCACCGUUAGCCCGGGUCGGUUCGGGUCAGCGUUAACAUGGUGAAGUGUGUCGUGUCCGGGUGUCAGAACCGCGUGACGAACGUCAACCGGGGGAUCUUCAACCGACCACCGAAGAGGUUCUUCAACUUCCCACAAGACACCGCGCGGGUCAAGGUGUGGCUGGCGGCGCUGAGGGAGACGGACAAGCAGGACUCGACAGAGCAGCACCUGAUCUGUGAGGACCACUUCCUGCCGCAGGACAUCUCCUCCGGCGUGGUCAACGGAGACGCCAUCCCCAUCAUGCCCCCCGACCUGGACGGGCCCAUGGGCCUCAUCAGCCCCUGGGGGGCCGAGUCGUCCGAGGAGGAGGAUCAGUGGGCCCGCGGUGGAGGCUGUGGUGACGGCGAUGAUGAUGAUGAUGAUGAUGAUGAUGAUGAUGAUGAUGAAGGUGGAGAUGAUGGUCCUGUUCAAGUGGAGCCUCCGGCACCAGAACCUCCACAGCAGGAUCCAGGACCCAAGAAGACCUCCGGGGCCAAGAAGACGAGCUUCAGUCCGCUGCAGACGAGGAUCCGCACCAAGAGAUCCGAUGUGUCUCUGUGGAUGCUGACGCAGCGUUUCCUGGAGCUGCUGCUGGAGUCUCCGGACGGCUGCGUGGACCUCCGUCACGUGACCACGAGCCUGCAGACCCGCCGGCGCCGAGUCUACGACAUCACCAACGUCCUGGAGGGAAUCAGCCUCAUCAAGAAGAAGUCCGCCAACACGUUCAAGUGGAUAGGAAGCUGUCAGAUCUCCAGCUUUGUGGGGAUCAAUCAGCAGAAGUUCCAGAGAGAGUUGGAGAACCUGAAGCUGGUGGAGGACACGCUGGACACGCUCAUCAAAAGCUGCGCCCAGCAGCUCUUCGACAUGACCGACGACGAGGGGAACGCCGAGUCAGCCUACGUGACCCACGAGGACGUCAGCCGGCUCGCAGCCUUCCAGGAGCAGACGGUGCUCGUGGUCAAAGCUCCGGAGGAAACCAAGCUGGAGGUUCCGGCUCCGCAAGAGGACAACAUCCAGGUCCACCUGAAGGGGGGGAAGGGUCCCAUCGCGGUUCUGACCUGUGACAUCGAGACGGGAGGAGAGAAGAGCCGCUGCUUCGUAACGCUGGAGGAGAGCCGCAUACAGACGGCCGAGCUGCCAUCAGAGUCCAACAGUCCGCUGAGUGCCGUGCAGAGAGCGUAGCCACCAGACGACCACCAGGAGGCGCCAGACGUCCUCACAGUUCAGACACGAGGCUGAAACAAACCACGGGAGCCUGAAGGCAUCGUCCCCGGGUACCAGGAGGGUUUGACCUGAGAUACAGUCCUGACCGAGCUCAGAUGUGGUGCCAUGCGGAGAACUUCAUCAACAUGGAAGACUACUUAUGGAUCCAUUUAAUUUGCACCGUUGCAGAGUUUUCUUUUAACUGAACUCCUCGUGACGUUGGUCCUGUUCAGAAGAUUAUCAUGUAAACGAUGAAGAGGAAGAGGAAGAGUUUGACCCGGGAUGUUUUUUGCAGUUUUAUUUUUGUAUGAGAAUGAGCUCAUUUGUUUUGUAUGUUACGAUCAUGUCCUGACUUACGGUGCUGUAUGAUAUUUUACUUUGUUUGUCUUUGAUUUGGUUUCUUUCUAAAAAAGGAGAAAAUGCCUAAAAGAUGCUGUAAUCAAUAAAACAAUAUGAACUCAUAAGAAACUGUGAAAGUAGCUUAUUGUUACCUGUAAGGUUGCAUCUUAACCUUUGACCUCUCUGCAGCUCAACCUGCUAACAGACUCUGACACAGAAAUGCAUCACCAGAGAGAUGCUCUGCAUGUUUGAAACCAUCACUGGAGUGCUCUUAAGCAAGGCACUGAUCCCACAGCAGCUCGUUACCCGCAAACGAGAAAAUAUAUAAUGUGACCGAGGAUGUCCCUCCACGUCUGGAACAAUUAAACACUUGAGAGUAUCUC